AUGAAAGCCCAGGCGUUGGCAAAUCAUUUGGCUGAAAACCCGGUUGACGAAGAAUACCAACCGUUGAGCACAUACUUUCCAGAUGAAGAGCAUGUGGAAGAUCUCGGCAAACGAUUCAAAUCGAUAGAAUUCAGGCACAUCCCUCGGUGCCACAAUGAGCUAGCUGAUGCACUUGCUACUUUAGCCUCGAUGUUGCCUUAUCCAGGAAAUGCCCACAUCGAUCCCUUGGAAAACCAAAUCAGGGAAAGGCAUGGUUAUUGUAAUGCAAUUGAAGCAGGGCAAAACGUCCAGCCAUGGUACCAUGAUAUUAAGAGGUUUUUGAAAACACAAGAGUACCCCGAACAUGCUACUAGAGAUCAAAAGAAGACCAUUAGGCGGCAUCAAGAGUGA